AUCAACAUCCGGCGUAAUGGUGGUGGAUUGAAUGGAUCUUACAGACAGGUUAUGUCAAAAUGAAGUUGAAAGAAGGGACUUUCUUAAGUCCUUGAUCGGUUUUCAGUAAUGUGUUUAGCGUCCGCAGAGCCUAGUAACGAAUAAAUCUACGAAAAUUCCAUUUGCAUCCAUCAAUUCAAUCUUUUGCACUUUGACUACACUUUUGUUAUUGAAUUGGUUGAAGUCAAGUCUUAGAUAAACUGACACCAUGUCGCGGGCAGGUGCUGCAAAGACCCGAGGCGCAGAUAAAACAAAGCCUCCAGCCUCGCAGACUCCUGUCAUUGCUCAUGAAAUUGUUCCCGGGAAAUUCACUGACAAUGACUGGAAUGCGAUGGUGGAGCGGGACAGCUCAGAUGAGUUUGUCUUGGACAUUAUGGAUGAGCUGAUGGAGAACACCAUGGCAGCCAUCUAUAACAAAUACAUCGAGCGGCAGCUGCUGCCAUUCACCAUCACACAGGCUAGAGAUGCCAUCAUUGAGAUUAUUGAGUGGCAGUUCCUGGCUAAAGAUGAAGGAGAGGUUGACAUAGAGUCUGAUCUGGGCUGGGUAGAGGAUGAAGAGCCGGAACCUGCAGUGACAGACUGCUGGGCGCAGGGCUCUGUGCCACGUAACCUUAUUCCUUGUCCAAGCCCGAUCCCAGAGGAAGAAGAGGAAGUGGUGGAGACAGAUGUCGUCACAGAGACAGUUGCUGAGACUGAACCAGUGGAGCAAGCAGAGCAGGAACCAGAGGAGUUGGCAGAUGUGGUGUCAGACACCGAAGAGAAUGCGCAGGUUGGUGACACAGAAGAGAGAUCGUCAGAGAAGGCUACUGCUGACGUGAAACCCCCGCCCAAUGGAAAAGUGAAACCAAAGACAAAGUUCCGUCCAUAUCGAGGAAAACUCAAAUCUGCUGGAGUGAGCAAGAUGACAGAAUCGUUGGAGGAAACAGAGAUGCAGAUGAUGUUUGAGGAGAUAACUGCGUCAAUGCCAGCAUCCGAGGAGAAACCGAGUACGCUUCUGAACAUGCCGGCUUCCUGCACCAGUAUCCUCAAGGUCCAGACAGGCCGUCCCCCGGGGAACAAAGAUGUUGUGUACGAUGAAUUAGGCAAUGUGGUCGCUGUCAUGCGUCUAGACCCAGAGAAACUACCCACACACAAAGUGAACGUCAAGUACCACGUGGUGGACCCAGCAGUGGAGGCAGCCCAAGCUCGUCUAGAUGCCAUGAGGAAGGGAAAAUCCACGGGUAGCAAACUCCGGAAGGCACGACCAACCAAGACGGUGUCCACAGAGUCUCUAAGCACAUCCUCUAAAGUGAAACAGCCCAGCUCCUCCUCCAGUGUGGCUCCCCUCCCUCCUCCACUGUCUGCCUCGUCCACUUCCCUCCAACUGGCCACAACUGCUAUGCUACAUAAAGUGAAGAAGGCGCUGAAUACCGCUGAGAUUGAGGAGAUGGAGGUGUCACACGGUGUCAUCGUGAAAGAGGGCGGUCGUGUAAAGAAAGGACCCGGACGGUACUAUAGAAAGCUGGACAUGCUGGAAGAGAACCAGAAGGGGAUGAAGCCCCUGAGCGUCCGACUGACCAACUCCAACAUCACGGUCAGUGACCUCCUGGACCGACACACGCCCAUCCUACGACCUUUGGGCGAGUCGUCCCCCCUGCCUCCCAUAGUGCCGCAUCCACCCCAUCAGCCACAGCAAGUGUCGUAGAGGCCUGCCGGGAUCUGCCUCAUUGUUUGCACUUCUCCUCUGGACCACUGCGCUCAUCUUAAGCUUGUCUUUUGUUGUCUGUCCCAUGGUGGGCUGCAAAGAUGUGCUGGGAUAGAAUGGGGGUGGUGGUGAGUUCUCAUACAUUGUGAUGGUCCUCAUCCGAGGUUGCUUUUCUGUGAUACAAAACACUUUUAUAUAAAUUCUCCAUCCAGUCAUUGAGCUGGGCCUUUGGGUACAUUUUAGUGGACUCAGUUUAUCUUUAGGUGGUUCAGAGUUACCUCACUUUGGCAUACUUCAAAAGUUCCAGGGAUUUUCCCAGUGUUUUGAUGUUGAACAUUCUUCAUUUAGGGUUGCAUGAUACAUUUACCUUUAUUUGAAUUCACCGUUUUGCGAUGAUUAAGCUUUGAUGGAGUUCUAAAAGUUCUCUUUGGGCAACACAAGCAUGCAAAGUUGCAGUAGAAGGUUGUAAAAAUUGAUAUUGUGUCUGCGGUUUUACUUUGUUCUCCUUGUGGGUGGUGAGUCGACCUCUGUGGGUGGUGGGAUGAACUACAAGGAUGGUGGAAUGGACUAGCUGACUGUUUGGAAGCAAAUUGGUCGCUGUGUAAUAGUUGUGUCAAAAUUUUCCAGACUCAUGUGUUGUUUUAUCAUGACUGUGCAUAAUUUAUCUUGAGGUCUCGUGCAUGUAGUGGUGUAUUGUUAGGGGAAUGUGAUCAUUGUGUGUAUGUUUGUGUACAUGAGAGAGAGAGAGAUAGAGAGAGAGAGAUAGAGA